AUGUAUGAAGAAGCGCGUCAAUUUUUAGACAAGGUGUUGCCUACGGAAGGGCCUUUUGUGACUUUGACUUAUGCUCAGAGUUUGGAUGGGAAAAUCGCACGGAAAGGCGAACAGCUUAUUCUCAGCGGAAAAGAAAGUAUGGCUAUGACCCAUCGGCUAAGGAUACUUCACGACGGUAUCAUGGUCGGUAUCGGGACCGUCAAAGUUGAUGAUCCUCAACUCACAGCGCGACACCUUUCUCCUGAGGAGCUACAGGAUGUCAAACAACCGCAGCCGAUUAUUCUGGAUUCCCGCUUAGAUUUACCGGCGAGCUGUCGUUUACUGAGAAACUACCAAAACGGUGUCGGUAAACAGCCAUGGCUCGUGACCACAGCUCAAGCGCCCACCAUUGCCAAGGUGAGUAACUCGCCCACCUGCUCAUCACUUGAAGCGGCCGGUGCUCGUAUCUUUAUUGUGACGGACCCAUCGCUGCCAUCGGUGUUAACACUUUUGCGACAACACGGGAUUGAAAAGCUCAUGGUGGAAGGAGGGGCACGUGUUAUCCAGUCGUGGUUGAAAAGUUCACUUGUGGACCAGCUCAUUGUGACUGUAGCGCCUGUCCUGGUAGGUGACGGCGUGGAUGCCACCAGCGGCCGGUCUCUAACCUCACUUUCGGAUGUGCAAUACCAACAAAUUGGCAAUGAUAUGGUCAUUGCCGCUAAGCUCCAGUAA